AUGGCUAAUCCAUACAUUGCAUUACUCAAACUCACCUCCAUCUUCAUUGUUAUUGCCUCAGCACCUGAACUGUGUGGAAGCAGCAAGUCUUUCACUAUAGUAAAUUACUGUAAGGAGACAAUAUGGCCUGGUAUAACACGUAGUGAUAAUCACAGUGGUGAUGGCUUCACAUUGAAGCCAGGGCAAUCAACAGUAUAUACUGCUCCUGAUGAUUGGAGUGGAAGGAUAUGGGCUAGAACAGGCUGCAACUUUGACAACAAUGGCAAUGGCAAGUGCCAAACAGGUAGCUGUGGCACAAGCAUAAACUGUACAGGCCCUGGAAUCCCACCUGCAACAAUUGCUGACUUUAGUCUUGGUGAACCUGAUUAUUAUGAUGUUAGUCUUGUAGAUGGAUUCAACUUGCCUAUUGUUGUAAAAGCUAUUAAUGGUUCUGGUAAUUGUAGCACUGCUGGGUGUGAUGGUGAUUUGAGGCAGAAUUGCCCAUCAGAGCUUGUUGCAAAGGAAAAUGACAAAGUUAUUGCUUGCAAGAGUGCUUGUGGUGCUUUCAAUACUGAUGAGUAUUGCUGCCGAGGGACUUAUGGAAACCCUGCUACAUGUUUGCCUUCAAACUACUCCAAAAUUUUUAAACAAGUGUGUCCUGUAGCAUAUAGUUUUGCACUUGAUGACCGUACAAGUUUAAUAACAUGUUCAAAAGCAGACUUUGUUGUGGCAUUCUGUGGAUCAAGGAACCAAACAGCGUGCUCCUAUCAUGACAAGCAGAUUGUAUGUAAUAUAUCAAAAGCUUACAAGGCCAUACCUCGGAGUUGGUGGUUCCUGAUGCUCCCAUUGGCAUACAUGUUCAAUAUAAGGAUCAUGUCGUAG